AUGAUAGACUACAGAUGGUGAUGAAUUCUACUGGUGAGGCUGGAGAUGGGGCAGAUUAUGAUUUUAACAAAGCCAACUGGAUGGAUGUGGAAGUAGAACUAAAGCCAAAGAUACCUGCUUGGGAAAAAGACCUUAAUCCUAAUGAUGUUGGCAAGGAGCAGUUCCCUGAUGAAUUCUAUUGUGAGGUUUGUGAUGUCAGAUGUACAGGAUCUGUAACCUUCAAGAUGCAUGUUGAGGGGAAUAAACACAAAUCGCUUUUAGCGGGAAGACAACUUCUCUUACUGCAGUCAACAUUAAACUUGUACCAUGUGACAGGCCAGCUAAGAUCACAAAAACCUUUGAGAAUAUGCCUGAGCCAUUGAUAGGUUUGCAGUAUGUAACAGAGUUUCAGAAACAAGAUGAGAAACAGGCAUCUAAAUAUGUGUGCAACAUGUGUGAAUCAAAGUGUGAUGGUAACUCUAUCUUAUCUCAUAUCUCAGGGAUCAAACAUAGAAUACGCUAUUUUAGAGAGCAUUAUCCAGACACCUAUCAGAAGAUGAUGGCUUAUACAUCACGUAAGAAAUCAGAACAGAAUGGAUUUGCUGAAGAGUUUGCCAGAGACAUUGAAGCACGUGAAGGUCGUCAGGAUGUCAAGGUCAAACUAGAAAUCGAUGUAUCAACAGAGUUAGCUGCAGCUGAUUUAAUAAAAAGUGGAGUUCUGAACCAUUUAUUGGAAGGAACUGGUCUUACAAAAGAAAAUCUGAAAAAUCUAAAUCUGGAUAGUUUAAAACCAGCAGCUCAAGAAACAAUAGAAGCAGUGAAAAUUGAACCAGUAAUUAAAAAUGUGGACGAGCGAUCAAUGAUAGAAAGAACAUUACCUACGUCUCAACACCAAACAGUAAAUAGAGAAUACGAAAGUAAAACAUUUUAUCAGAAAAACUAUAAUCAGAUGUCUUCAUCCAGACAAGAUGGUAGAAUGUUACCUCAAAAAUAUUCAGAAGAGAGAAUGCUACCUAAAUUUUCAGAAGACAGAAUGUUACCUCAAAAAUUAACUGAUGAGAGAAUGUUACCUAAAAAAUUAUCAGAAGAAAGAAUGUUACCUAAGAAAUUAUCAGAAGAGAGAACAUUACCUCAAAGGUUGUCAGAAGAUAGACUAUUACCUAGGCAACAAGGAGACAAAAUGUUACCAGGAAAACCAGAAGAAAGACUGUUACCUAGGCAUCCACAAGAAAGAAUGUUAGCUAGGAGAUCAGAAGAUCGACCCUUUUCUAGUCAUUCAGAAGAAAGAAUGUAUCCAGGAAGGCCAGAUGAUAGAUUAGCAUUAGGGAGGCCAGAUGAUAGAUUAGCACCAGGAAGGCCAGAUGAUAGAUUAGCACCAGGGAGGCCAGACGAUAGAUUAUCACCAGGGAGGCCAGACCAUAGAUUAGCACCAGGGAGGUUGCCAUUAGAUCGAUAUGGUAGACCAGAUGAGGAUGAGUAUUAUAGACGAAGAAUGUAUGAAAGAAGAUUACCAAUGGAUGAUCCCUACUAUGGAAGAAGAGGUUUAAGGCCACUUGAUGACCCAUACUAUCAACCUCCAAGAUACCCUCCAAGAGAAGUAUCUAUCAAACCAGUCGUUGUAGUGGACUAUGGUCACAGUAGAACCAAAAGUCCAGUGGAAGAGGUGAGAACUGGUCUGACAGAGGAAGAGAGGUCUUUUAUGAAGAGGAAAACAGAUGGAGAAUUGACUGAUGAAGAACUGUUUCAGGAAUUCUUAAAAUGGAAAAAAUCUAGAUCUACUCCAAAGCCUCCUUAUCAAGCUACUGUAACACCAGAAAAUUACCAGAUUCAGCAACCUACAGCCUCAACUCCUGAGGUGACAAUGGACCAACAGUCAAUGGAUUUACCAAGUUAUACCACUUCUGACCACUCUGUUCCAAAGAAAUCUGAAACUUCCCAUAGUAAAGGUGUCAAGCCUGAAACAGCAUCAGGUGAUCUGAACCUGCCACCACAAGUACAAGAACUUAUGUCUACUUUGUCUAAAUCUAUGAUCAGUUCAGAGGAUGAAGCUGCAAUGGCGUUACAGGUUUCUAAUGCCCUGACUCAAGCCCUCCUAGAAUAUCAACUCAAAAACAUAUCUAAAGAGCUACAGGAUACAGUUGAGCAGCAACAACAAAAACUACAGGAGCAGACAGGAAAUAAAUCCACAGGUAAACAUCAACCUAAAAAACAGAGUACCAAAAAACAGAGAUAUGAUGCAUAUGGUAUGGCCAAUGGAAAGACACAGACAACAACAUCGUCAGACUUGAGUGCAACGUCUGUUAAAUCUUCAGGGUCAAAUACCACUGCUAAGUCAAAAAGUCAAAAAUGUGCUGUACAAAAUGUAAAAACUACAUCAGCACAGAGCACUGACAAGCAGGUUCUAACUCUACAAAAUGAUAUUUCUCAGACUACCCAAGAAAUGAUUACAUCACAGGUAUCUCAAUCUUAUUAUGCAUCAUCACAAGGAAUGAUGACAUCACAGGUAUCUGAACCUUAUUAUACAUCAUCACAAGGAAUGAUGACAUCACAGGUAUCUGAACCAUUUUAUACAUCACAAGGAAUGAUGACAUCACAGGUAUCUGAACCUUAUUAUACAUCAUCACAAGGAAUGAUGACAUCGCAGGUAUCUGAACCUUUUUAUACAUCAACUCAAGGAAUGAUGACAUCACAACAGGUAUCUGAACCUUAUUAUGCAUCAUCACAAGGAAUGAUGACAUCAGAAAUGUCACAAGCUUAUGAUGCACAGGGAAUGACAUCAUUGCCAAUGUCUUAUUAUCAACCUCAGCCUGGUGGUGAUUAUACUUUUGCAGGAAAUGCUGGAUACACAAUGGCCUCGUACCAGCAAUUCCAGCAAACUCCACCAGGUCAGAUGUACGAUGGAAAUGCAUAUCAAUCACCCAUGGAUUGGAAUCAUAUGUAUAUGGCUCAAUCCAUGGUGCCACCUCCACCAAUGGUGCCUCCUCCUCCUCCAAUGGUGCAGCCACCACUGCCAGAUAUAGCACCACCCCCUCUGCCACCAGGCCCUCCACCACCCCAAGAAUAAAUCAAUGUUAUAAGGUUUGAUUUUAAUCUGUUCCUAAACAUGUUUACUUUUUUUUUUUUUUUUGUAAAGUUUAAAAACUGUUUAACUGUUUUUUACUGCAUAUUAAUUUGAAUUGUAUACAUUGAAUUGUUUUACAGAUUAGGAAUUGAAAUAACUUUUAAAACCGCAAUCUUAAGAAAGAUCUCAGCUAUCAUUUGUAUUCAUUAUACAGAUGAUUUAUUUUAUUUUUUAAAGAUUUGAUCUGUAAUCAUGUAAUGAUGUUAUUUUGAAUACUAGAAUUUGACUGAAAACUUAAAGUGUUAACCUCUUUAGGUCCUUAUGUGAGAUAUUGCCAUCACUUCUUCAUCCAUAGAUAGCCAAUUAAUAAUCAUCUUGUUUGAAACUACUGGGAAAUUAGAAUUGUAGUUAUCAUAAAUCAUCUAAUGCAUAAUUGUUAUUUUUAGAAAAUUAUGAAAAUAGGGUCCUUAAAGUCAAUUUUUAGUUCAUUGUUUUUUUUCAAAAAAAGUGUAAAAAGUGAAUUAAGGGUCUGUAGUUGAGGCCUCAGCUUUUAAAUUAAUCAAAUUGAUAACAGAUUAUUUUACUUUAAUGGUUAAAUAAAAAAUAGUAUUGGGAAGUCGAAAUUGAAAUUUGCUACCAAUUUAUAUUUGUCAGUCAUAUAAUUACAUCUUUUUAUCAUUAACAUGAGAGUUUGCUGUAAACAAGUCUCUUUGCCUCAUCUAAAGAAUAAGAGGUUCUUUAAGAUUUGUUAAACUAUAACAAUAUCAAUGUAAGAAUUUGAAUAUAGCUAAGUAUCAAUUUAAAAGAAAAAAAUUGGGUUUAAAAUCAGUGAUAUUGAAGAAGAAUUUUGUUAACCCAUUGCAACAAAUUCAAUUAACACCUUAUUAUUUAACUAAACAAUAUGUUAAUAUAAAAAAAACUAUGCCUCAAUAAUUUAGUUGUCAAAACUUACAUGAAAAUAUGCUUGUAACUGUUCUUAAAAAGCUGUUAAAUAUAAUUGUGUAUUAUUAUCAGCAUUGUUGUACUAAAAUAAAAACUGAAUAUAUAUUAUUUUUGUCAUGUUUCUUGCAGGAGCACUACAUUUUCGUAAGCAACAAAAUGAGCUCCACAAAAAUGUAAUGCUUGUGUAUUAUGACUAGUAUAUUUGAUCAGUUUGUUAACAGUUUGAUAUGUAGAUGAAUAACAUAUUUAUCUUUCAUAAAUGGUUAUACGAAAUACGAAAUAUUUUAUUAAAGAAAGCUCAAUUAUGAACAUAAUCAUUAAUAGUAUAGAUACAACAAAGAAUAACAUUUUAACAAUCUUAACUAAAAUUAAUACUACACAAGUAUCAAAGUAUAUGAGUUCCAAGGGGAGUAACUCUAGUGUAAAAAAUAUAAGUUAUCAUUAUACAUUAUAAGCAGUUAUAUAUGGUGAAAUGUAUACAAUGCAUCACUUAUAUUAUCUAGAUCAUAAUAUCAUAAUUCUAUAGUACAAAGCUAGGAAGAUACAAAGUGUUUUGCAAAGGGAUAUAUACUAAAAUGUAUACUGCCUGAUUCUGAAGUGGACAAGAUGUUGUGAAAGUUUAUUACAUCUUACCAGGGUCUGUCUAACUUGUUUAUUUACCAAUUUAAAAUAAGGAUAAAUUGACAUUCAAUAACAUUGAUUGCAAAAAUAUUUCAUUGAUUAUCAUCAAUGAUGGUCACCAAGAUUUAAAUCUUCUUAAAACUUCUAGUCAUGUGGAUAGAUUCAUUAUUCUUAUACUGUGAAAUAAAAUGUAAUUGGGAAAGCUUUAUGAUAUUAUAAUGAUAGUGUUUGAAUAAAAGGAUAUGUUUAGUGUG